GAUUUCACCUUAGAGACAAAAAUGGGUGAUGUUCCUUUCUUUUCACUUUCACAGUUUCAGUGUCCUAGGAAAGACAAAGUUUGGCAUUUGGGGGCUUGUGUGCCAGUUGUGAAUGGCUGCAGGAACUGAGGUGUUAAACUCCAUAGUCUCCAGAAAUCAGAAGGGAUUUUCAGGGGAACUCUUUCAGAGCGAUGACUUCCCUUCUUACCAAGGCUCUUCUAAGUCCACUCAACAGCUCUAUCAACUCCACUUGCAGGAAGGAGAACACAACUGGGCCAGGACUACGCCAUCCCCAUGCCUACUAUGCCCUCUCCUACUGUGCCCUCAUUCUGGCCAUUGUUUUUGGCAACGUCCUGGUCUGUCUAGCUGUGCUGAAAGAACGUUCCCUGCAGACCACCACCAACUACUUGGUAGUGAGCCUGGCAGUAGCUGACCUGCUUGUGGCCACUUUGGUGAUGCCCUGGGUGGUAUACCUGGAGGUGACUGGAGGAGUAUGGAAUUUCAGCCGAAUUUGCUGUGAUAUUUUUGUUACCCUGGAUGUCAUGAUGUGUACUGCCAGCAUUCUAAACCUCUGUGCCAUAAGCAUCGACAGAUACACAGCUGUGGUCAUGCCAGUUCGUUACCAAUACAGCUCUGGCCAGAGCUCCUGCCGGCGGGUUUCUUUCAUGAUCACUGUGGUCUGGGUUCUGGCAUUUGCUGUUUCGUGUCCUCUUCUCUUUGGCCUCAACACAACAGGGGAUCCCAGCGUCUGUUCCAUCUCCAACCCAGACUUUGUCAUCUACUCCUCAGUGGUGUCCUUCUACCUGCCCUUUGUGGUGACUCUCCUUGUCUAUGCUCGGAUCUACGUGGUGCUGAGACGAAGGAGGAGGAAAAGGAUUCUCACUCGGCAGAACAGUCAGUGCAUCAGCGUCAAACCUGGCUACCCCCCACAAUCUAUCUUUCUGCGGCGUCAUGCAAUUCGGCAUUUCUCAAUGAGGUCCAGAUUUCCUUCAUCAGAGACCACAGGGAAAACAGAAAAUGCUGAAGAAAAAGAAUAUCCUCCUGGCUGUCAAGAUUCGCUUUUAUCCCAUCUUCAGGCCACCUCUCCAGGAAGAGCUCACUCAUCUGAGAAACUACUGGCAGCUAUGGAAUUGAAACGCUAUUAUAGCUUCUGCCAGGAUGCUCCUUUGCCCAGACCAGGACACCAAGAAGAAGAAGGAGAGUUGAAAGGGGAUGGGAAGACUCUGGGAACACUCAGCCCCACCAUGGCUCCCAAGUUGGGCUUAGAGGUUCGGAAACUCAGCAAUGGCAGAAUGAUGACUUCCCUGAGGCUGGGUUCUCAGCAAUCCCGGAGCAUUCCGCUUCGAGAAAAGAAAGCAACUCAGAUGCUGGCUAUUGUUCUGGGGGCUUUCAUUGUCUGCUGGUUGCCUUUCUUCUUGACCCACAUCCUCAACACUCACUGCCAGGCCUGCCAUGUGCCCCCCGAGCUCUACAGCGCCACCACAUGGCUGGGCUACGUGAACAGUGCCCUCAACCCAGUGAUCUACACCACCUUCAACGUCGAAUUCCGCAGAGCUUUCCUUAAAAUCCUGUCCUGCUGAAGGCAAGAGAGAAGAGUCCUCAUCUUCACUGACUUCCUCUGGCCUCUCUAGGGACAAUAAAGAUCACAACUCCAUAGGAUGGGACAAUCAGAAGCCUUUAGCUCCACUUCUGCCAGGCUGGUUGACAUCCUUUAUAUUAGUCUUCCCAACUUCAAUAGUUCGCAUCUCCAAUCCAUCCUUCACCCAAAAGUCCAAGUAGUCUUAAUAUGAAAUGGAUAUAGUUAUAGGUAACUCCUAUACGCCAACUUUCACAGUUCCCCAUUGCUUAUUAUGAAAUAAAGUUUAAACUCCUUAUCUUGGCAUUCAAGGCUCUCCACAAUUUGGGUCCAGACUGCCUCUCCAGUCAUAUCUGAUAUUCUUCUCCUUCACAAGCUGUAAGUUUUAGCCAGAUAGAACUGCUUGCUAUCUUCCAGUACCAUCCCCUUAUUCCUUUGAUGGACUUAUUCUCUUCUGCACCUCUGUCUGUGAUAAUAUUUCCCUUCCUUCAAAGCACAACUCAAAGGUAUUUCCUCCAUGAACCUUUGCCUGAUCUCCCUUUCCUCAACUGUUCUCAAAGCCUUUUGAUCUAGCUCUUUCCAUUGCCCUUACCACACUAUACAUUAUAUCAUAUUUAUUGGUCUGUAGGUCAGAUACUCUUGUUAUCUUGUAAUGAGAUAAUAUACUUGUAAAGCACUUAGCACAGUGCCUAAUACACCGUACUUAUUCCUCUCCCUUUCCUUCCCUCCACCCAUGAUAGUAUAACCUAACUCCCUGACGCUGGGGAAUCCUCUCCUAUUUACUUGUCUGUCUGAUGUUCUUGUAAUCUACCUAGAGAUCGUAAACUCCUUGAAGCUAGGGAUUCUAAGGUAUCAAAUUUAUUCAUCUGUAUGUCUGAUAUUCUUGCAAUCUCUUCAUAUAUUGUAAAUUUCCUGAAACUAAAGAUUCCUGUUCUAUCCUGUUUAUUUACCUAAAUGUCUGAUAUCCCCCCCCCAUGAGAUUGUAAUUCCCCCUGCUCCCCAUUAGGUUGUAAAGUCCCUGAAGCUAGGGAGUGUGUCAUUUUGAUCAUUUCUGUAUCCUCAGAGCUUGGUGCAUAGUAAGUGUUUAAUAAAUGUUUGUUGAACUGAA